UGCAGCUGCUGUGAAUGUGCCUUCGGUUGAGGGCGGUUAGCCAUUAGCCGAGCUCCAUAGUGGUGUAUUGUGGGAUGCCUGAGAAGCAAGCAGAAAGCACACACACAAUAUGUGUUGGCUCGCAAAAAAAGGAGGCAGGAGCCUUUCAAAAGCAAUGUAAUGUAACCAGCCAAAUGUGAAAAGGAGCUCGCCUUUCGCUGCAAGGAGACGAUCGGCCACCUCACACAAUGUCUUUCAAGGAGAUCAAGGCAGGGGAAAAAGCCAAGCACCCAGAAGAUCAUGGCAAAAAACAGAGUUCAAGUUGGAUCAACGGAAUGGAGAAUAGCACACAAGCCAGCACUUCUGUCGAGAAAAGAAAUCACCACUGGAGAAGUUACAAAUUGAUUAUUGACCCAGCUCUGAAAAAAGGACAGCAUAAACUCUAUCGUUAUGAUGGGCAAAAUUUUAGCAUGCCUAACUCGGGAAUUGCCCCGGUGGAUUGUGUCAGAGAUCCCAGGAUAGGAAGAAUAUGGACCAAAACCAAGGAGUUGGAGCUUUCUGUUCCCAAAUUCAAGAUUGAUGAGUUUUACGUGGGGCCAGUGCCCCCCAAGCAGGUAACCUUUGCCAAGUUGAAUGACAACAUCCGUGAAAACUUUCUGACCGACAUGUGCAAGAAAUAUGGUGAAGUGGAAGAAGUAGAGAUUCUCUACAAUCCCAAGAAUAAGAAGCACCUGGGCAUUGCCAAAGUGAUCUUUGCCACAGUGAAGGGUGCCAGGGAAGCCGUCCAGCACCUGCACAACACAUCAGUCAUGGGCAACAUCAUCCACGUGGAACUGGAUACAAAAGGUGAAACCCGUAUGCGGUUCUAUGAACUGCUGGUUAAUGGUCUUUACACUCCGCAGACCCUUCCUGUAGGCAAUGAGCAGGAUGUCUCGCCACCUGUGAAUGAAACUCAGCAGUUGACUGAUUCUGUAAAACGUCUGAAAGACAGUAACCUUUCUUCUGCGGGAUCAUCCAUUACCCCAAACAGUAGCACCCCGUUUUCCCAUGAUACAGCCUAUUCCAGCAGUCGGCAAGACACCCCAAACUCGUAUAGCCAGUAUACCCCACAGUCCCAAGGAACCCCACUCACCCCACGACUGGGGACUCCGUUUUCCCAAGAUUCAACCUAUUCCAGUCGUCAAACGACACCAGCUUACCAUUACGGACAGGACUCUGGGUAUAAACCCAGGAGACAUGAAACAAAAUUUACAGAUGCCUAUAAUAGACGACCAGGACAUCACUAUGUCCAUAACUCGGCAGGUGUUUACAGAGGGUCAGAACAUCAGUUUAGCACGUUCAAGUCUCAUCAGCAAGAGCCAGUACAAUAUUCUCACACUCCUCCCUUGAGCCACUCUGGUUCUUCAAGUUAUAAAUCUGCCUUCUCUCCAUACCAAGCACCAGCUGUAUUUCCCCCAUCUGAUGAACAGCAGUAUCCCCAAACUUCCAGAGACACUGAGUACCGGAGACCUGCCCCGCCUCCAGCUGAGAUCUUAGUAGAAAGUAGUGCUGCUACGAAUAUUGAUUUUGUUCCUGUGAAAGAAAAACAGGAGGAACUCCCAUCCCUGCCACAGUCAAACUGUCUUACCGAACAAAGUACAGCAUCCUUCUCUCAGACUCCGGAAAGGAGUGAGACACCUGGCACCCCAACCAUGGAGUCUGAAAUGCAGCAUAACAGUUUAGACUCAAGGAUUGAGAUGCUCUUGAAAGAGCAGAGAACAAAGUUACCUUUUCUCAACGAACAUGAUUCGGACAAUGAGAUCCGAAUGGAAGGUAGCCCUAUCUCUUCCUCCUCCUCCCAACUUUCUCCUAUCCCAUUGUAUGGCUCUAACUCUCAGCCCAGUUAUAGAGCUCAAACCCCAUCCUCACGUCCCUCCAGCACUGGCUUGGAGGACAUUAGUCCAACACCGUUACCAGAUUCUGAUGACGACGAGCCAAUCCCUGGGACAGCUCCUCUGAGUCAGAAUUCAAGAGGAACGUCAGAGGCCAGUAUGACUCCUAUUGAUCAGCUGAGUAGGACAUCCAAAGCUGAGACUUCUGAGACUAAAGAAAUGCUGCCUGGUGACCAGACACCAACAUCAGAAAAAAUGGAUGAGGGUCAGCAUUCUUCAGGGGAGGACAUGGAAAUAUCUGACGAUGAAAUGAAUUCUUCACCAAUCACCAGUGCAGAAUGUGCCAAAACUAUUGUGGUGAACUCCUCUGUUAGCAACUCUGCUGUGAUGACUCAGUCGAUACCCAUGCCCCCACCAGGGUUCCCUCCACUUCCACCUCCACCCCCACCCCAACCAGGCUUUCCAAUGCCGCCACCUCUACCACCACCACCUCCACCAACUCAUCCAGCUGUCACCGUCCCACCACCGCCGCUUCCUGCGCCACCUGGGGUCCCACCGCCUCAUAUCUUGCCUCCACUUCCUCCAUUCCAUCCUGGCAUGUUUCCUGUCAUGCAAGUGGAUAUGAUAAAUGUCCUGGGCAACCAGUGGGGCGGCAUGCCAAUGUCCUUUCAGAUGCAAACUCAAAUGCUGAGCCGCAUGAUGCAGGGGCAGAACACGUACCAGUACCCACCUUUUAUGGGAAGCCGGAUGCAGUUUGUGAAUCUUCCUCCCUACCGUCCCUUCUCGAUGGGGGCAGCUAUUGGCCGGGGGCAGCAAUGGCCGCCGCUGCCCAAGUUUGACCCCUCGGUCCCACCACCGGGUUAUGUGCCGAAGAAGGAGGAUCCGCACAAAGCUACUGUGGACGGUGUCCUCUUGGUGAUUGUGAAGGAAUUAAAAGCAAUUAUGAAAAGGGACUUGAACCGGAAAAUGGUCGAGGUGGUAGCAUUCAGAGCCUUCGAUGACUGGUGGGACAAGAAAGAACGUCUAGCAAAGGCAUCGCUCACUCCAGUGAAGUCUGGCGAAAAUAAAGAUGAGGAAAAACCAAAGCCAAAGGAUCGAAUUACAUCCUGCCUCCUGGAGAACUGGAACAAAGGAGAAGGGCUAGGCUACGAGGGAAUUGGUUUGGGCAUUGGGUUACGAGGGGCCAUUCGGCUGCCAUCUUUCAAGGUGAAGAGAAAGGAGCCGCCUGAAGCUGCCUCAGCAGGAGAUCAGAAGAGAAUCAGGCCCUCCACCUCUGUUGAUGAUGAAGAUGAAGAGUCAGAAAGGGACAGAGACAUGUCUGAUGUUACUUCAGACCUGUCUAAGAAGGAUGCAGAAGCAGUAGGCCUCCGAAGGAGACCAGCAAGGCCAUUGGAGCUAGACAGUGAGGGGGAGGAAGGAGAUGAGACUUCAGGUAAAGAAGAAGAAUCCUGUUCUGAAAAGGAAGACGAGCAGGAGGAAGAGGGAGGAUUGGUGAAAGCAGCACCUGGCAAGGAGGAAGACGAGGAGGAGGAGGAGGAAGACGAGGAAGAGGAGGAGGAAGAUGCUGACGAAGAGGAGGAAGAAGAUGAAGAUGAAGAAACAGGAGUAGAAACAAGUGAAAAGGAAGAUGAGCAGGACUCUGAAGAAGAAGAUGUAGUGAGUCCCACAUCUUCCAAAGCCGAAGCUGAAUCAUCAGAUGAAAGUGAGGACUCCUCAGAAUUUGAGUCGAGUUCUGACUCGGAUGAGGAAGAGGAAGAGGAGGAGGAGGAGGAAGAGGUGGCGGCUGAAGACCAAGAUAGAGAAGCCAUGGCUGCUGAAAUAGAGCUUGAGUCUGCUAGUCAUGAACUAGCAGAUGAAGAAAAAGAGACCAUCCUGGAGCUGUUUCCAGUGGACGACUAUAUGGAAGCAACAAGCCUGGCACUAGAGGCACCAGCUAUGGCAGUAAAAGAGGAAGAGAUGGAAGAAAACAAGCAACGGGAAGAUGAAAGUAGUGAAGUGCCAGAGGAAUCUACUGCUGCUGAAGGUUUGGUGGUCACGGAGAGAGACCAGGAAGUAAAGCUAAUGCCGUCCCCUAUAGGUGUAGCAGUGGAAGAGUCUGAACUGGAUAUUGAGCUGGAGUCUAAGGUAUUAGAGGGUCCAAAGCCUGAAUCUCAAGAUGAAGAAGAGAAUCUCUGUCUCCCAGCACCAGAGGGGGUAUUUGAAGAACCUCUACCCAGUAAGAGUCGCUUCUUCAGUAAGUCUGAUGAUAGUGACUUAGAAGCCCGAGUUACAGGAAAACUACUAUCCACAGCAGAGGAGGAGGAGGAGAGACUGCCUUGGACUCCUGGACGGGACAUAGCGGUCCAUUCGGAUUCUGAUACUCCCAUACUUCCAGCGCAUAAGGUGCCACCCUCUACACUUCCCCUUCCAGCAACGCCUAGUAAAGAAGAACCUUUACUCCCUCCAGAAAAUUUCCCUGAACAGUUAACUGUGACCAAAACAGCUCUGGAAGAGGAGCUUCCUAGGACUCCAGGGCGGGAUAUUAUGGCCAAGUCUUCACAUGGCUUUGCAAAGUCACAGAGUACAGACACUAUUCCAGCCACCCCUGGAAGUGAUGCUCCUCUUACGGGAAGCAGCUUGACUUUAAGUUCCCCUCAAGUCCCAGGCAGCCCUUUUUCAUAUCCAUCCCAGUCUCCUGGGAUUAAUAGUGGCAUUCCUCGGACUCCUGGGAGGGAUUUUAAUUUCACGCCUACUUUCCCAGAGCCUGGUGCAACUCUUCCUUGCCUUCUGUCUGGCAAGAAACCAUCAGAAGAUGAGCCAGAGGAGAAAUGUUUUAAAGAACCUCUUAGUGCUUCUCGAACGGUCAGCAUGAACAGUGUUCCCUCCCCAAUUCCCUUUGCUAGCCCUCCAGAAACUGAUUUCCACACAGACAUAGAUUUGCCACCUGACGAGCCAGUAUCUGUAGCAGCCCUGCCAUGUGUGCCAGUGGAUGGAAAAACAUCCAUAGAGGAGAGCAAGGUAGCCGUGAAAUCCGUUUUGCUCUCCCCAGAAGCGCCUACUGUCUCUCUUCCUCUCCCUCUUCCUCCUACUCCUUCCUCUCUGCCCACCAAAAGGAAACCAGGCCGGCCGAAACGAUCGCCUCCUUCGGUCCUCUCGUUGGAGGCCUAUCCCAGCAAAACUUCAGAACCUCCUCCUGUCCCAGUUGCCUUGACUGAAAGUGCUGUUAGCAAAGAGUUGUUGGGCGGGCAUCCUGAUGCUUUUUAUGGACUGAAAGAUCCUGAAGCGGUCACCCUAGACUUCAGGAAUGACAGCUUCCACGAGAAGGUAACCCCGGAGGCCAUAGCAGAGAAACUUCCAUUUAAGGAACUAGAGAAUCAGUGGAAUGAGGACUUCAAAGAAGAGGAGAUUCACGUGAAACCUAAAAGACAGUGGCGGAGGCAGAAAAAGACACCUGAGGACAUCCCAGUGAUUCCUUCCCCUGAAUAUUCUCCACAUCGGCCCCACUUUAGGCCCCGCUCCGAGUUCGAGGAGAUGACCAUUUUGUAUGAUAUCUGGAAUGGAGGAAUAGAUGAGGAAGAUAUCAAGUUCAUGUGUAUCACGUAUGAUCGCUUGUUACAGCAAGAUAAUGGUAUGGACUGGCUCAACGAUACCCUUUGGGUAUACCAUCCUUCUACUAGCUUUUCUACCCCGAAGAAGAAGAAGCGGGAUGAUGGCAUGCGGGAACAUGUUACAGGUUGUGCACGAAGUGAAGGCUAUUACAAAAUAGAUAAGAAAGACAAACUUAAAUACCUCAACAAUAGUCGUGCAUUUGCAGAGGAGCCACCAGCUGAUACACAAGGAAUGAGCAUCCCUGCCCAACCUCAUGCUUCCACCCGGGCUGGCUCUGAGAGGAGGUCAGAGCAACGCAGGCUUCUCUCAUCCUUCACUGGUAGCUGUGACAGCGACCUACUCAAAUUUAACCAACUGAAGUUCCGGAAGAAAAAGCUAAAAUUCUGCAAGAGUCACAUUCAUGACUGGGGCCUUUUUGCUAUGGAGCCCAUUGCAGCUGACGAGAUGGUGAUUGAAUAUGUGGGUCAGAACAUCAGACAGGUCAUUGCAGACAUGCGAGAGAAACGAUACGAGGAUGAAGGCAUUGGGAGCAGUUACAUGUUCAGGGUCGACCAUGACACCAUCAUUGAUGCAACAAAAUGUGGAAACUUUGCCAGGUUUAUUAAUCAUAGCUGCAAUCCAAAUUGUUAUGCUAAAGUCAUCACUGUGGAGUCUCAGAAGAAGAUUGUCAUCUACUCCAAGCAGCACAUCAACGUGAAUGAGGAAAUUACUUACGACUACAAGUUUCCGAUCGAGGAUGUAAAGAUCCCAUGUCUGUGCGGCUCUGAGAACUGCAGGGGGACCCUGAACUAAUCCCGAGGCUUCUCGUCACACUUGCACCUUCGGCCAUGUCAGAACUGCAGUAACCAGGUGUGGUUGCACUUUGCCAAAAAAAAAAAAAAAAAAAAAGAAGAAGAA